AAUAUCUUGUCAAAGCCCCAUCAAUUGCGCCGUGGGCAGACAGCGCAUCGACUUCAAGGCUCUAAGCACCAGAUCACCACCGUGAUCUAGUUGUUGCGAUGGCAGGUGGUCAUUCCAAGUUUCGAAAGCUAGGUCGUGACACUCCGCAUCGCCGCUCGCUCCUCCGGAACCUCGUCACCUCACUCUUCGUGCACGAACAAAUACAGACGACAUGGCAUAAAGCAAAGGAGGCUCAACGGGUGGCUGAGAAGUUGGUGACGCUAGCCAAGAGAAACACACCUGCGUCGAGAAUACGGUUACAGGGAGAGCUUUUCCAACCAGAGAAGCUGAUGGGCAAGAUGUUCACCGAGAUACGACAGCGCUAUGCUGAACGACCAGGAGGUUACACACGUGUAUUACGGAUAGAACCAUUGAAGGAAGAUCAGGCCGAAUCAGCGAUACUCGAGCUAGUCGACGGACCUAAGGAUAUGCGGUUUGCAAUGACCGCCAAAACAAUAGCUCUGAUAGAACGGGAGAAAAAACCCAUGAACGACCUCACGCGCAAGAAUUUGAGCAAGGUCUUGCGAUACCGCCCAGGAGGGGAAAAAAGUAUGGACGCUAUGGUCGAUAAAAUGAGGGCCUUAAACAUGAAAGACCAAAGAGAAGGUGUUCAGGAGCGCCCAAAGAAAGCUGUAUAUCCGGACCACCUUGAGGAGUUCAAGAAAGACCCGAGAUGGAUCGCAAGUAAUGAACAUCAACCGUACAAGAUUGCGGAUGACCCAAUCUAUGCUACCCCACAGAAUUGAGUAUAUAUCUGUAUUAUGAAACAAUUACUAGCCUCUAUGUACCAGGGUACCAAGGCUAUAAGCGCUAUACCAUGUAUAUUAUCUGACUAUGAGCAAAGAAAGCUCAGUAUCUAAGAAUGAACAUUCACACAUAUUACACG